AUGGAAAGAACUAAAGCUGGUCAAUCUGGAGGCAUCGAUAUAUUCAUACCAAAGUUAAAUAGGCUCUCAAAAAUAGCUAGACCUAAGAGUGAAGUCAAAAAAUCAAUGCUUCACAAAGGAGCAGUUACAAAGUCAAAGGAAGCAAAACUUAAGAAAUAUUUUAAAAUUACAAGAGAUAUUAACCCUGAUUGACCUCUUGUACCAGGGAUUUAUUCGCUGUAUGCUCUUGCUAAACUGGCUAAAUAAACAAGUUGUCAAAGCAAUGAUGCCUCCUACGGUGUUAUUAGGGUUCAACCAUGAUAAUAUGUUCAUAUACACUUCAGCAGCUACAAAAUGACUUACUGUCGAGAAUAGACCAAUGACUCCAAAGCUGCUUACACAUUAUGUAAAAACUUACAUGGAUAGAAAAUAAUGAUGAAGAAAGUAAAGGUUUGAACAAUUCAAUAAAAAUGAGCGUCUACCCAAAAUUUGUGUUAAAAUACAGCACGUAUGAUAAUUAGUUUUCCUUCAACUCAAUCAAUCAUGGUGUUCUAUAAGAUUCAAGAUCUAUGAACUCACGCUCUCGAGUACUGGGGUAAGUUCGAUAUGGCUAUUCAGCCUUAUAUUAUCUGCAAAUCAAGAAAGGCUUCUCUGCUUCGUUAUGAAGUUUACAAAGAGAAUAUGGUAAAAGCUCAUGUUCUCUCGAGUGAUUAUGACAUCUCUGAACUACCUUAUCUCCCCAAAGACGAGAUACUCAAUGUACGGAAUGAUUACAUUUACCAAAGGAGGGGAAACUCCGAAAAUGAGAGAGAAAGAUCAGAUAUUCCUUUAAGCCAAGCUCCAAACAGCGAUCUCAUCAAUUACUUUUGAAUCACCACUCAAAGUAAUAUCCCAAAAGUGGCAAUCACUUCUUGUCGGCCUUUGGCUUAUCCAAACGCUGAGUCAAUGUCAACCAGGCUAGUAAACUCCCUCAACUCAAACUAUCUCCACAAGAAAUUUCGUGCGAAUUCCUGGAUAAUAGGCAAGCUCUAUGCUAACCUGUAGACUUUAUCGAGUCAAUCGAUGGAAUAACAUACUUUCUCCAA